GAGGGAAGGCGGGCGGGCGCGCGCGAGAGCCCGCCCCCCAGCUCCGGAGCGGCGCGGGCAGGGCCGGGGGCCGGGGGCGCGGCGCCGGCGGGCCAGGAGGGCCGGCGUGCGCGCCUCGCCGCCAGGCAGCGCUGCUCGGGGCCAGCCCGCCCGCCCCGUCGGACCGCGCCGCCGCCGCCCCGCCUGAGCCGCGUCUCCCGAGCCGCGCCGCGCCGCGCCGCGCCCCGACGGGCCAGCUGUUGCCAGCCCCGCGCCGCCGAGCCCGGGCAGCCGCAGAGCCCUCCCGUCGGAGCGCAGCGCAGCGGAGCCGGAGCGGCUGCGCUCGGCUCUGCAGGCGCCUGCCCUUCCCCUUCGCCUUCCCCGGCCGCGGGCUGGGCUGGGCUGGGCCGGGCCGGGCCGGGCUGCCGCCGCGGGGGCCGUCGGGGGCGAUGCGGGCCGGCGGCCGCUGAGUGCCGGUCCGGCCGCCCCGUCCGGCCAUGGCCGCGGCCAUCGCCAGCUCGCUGAUCCGGCAGAAGCGGCAGGCGCGCGAGUCCAACAGCGAGCGCGUGUCGGCCUCCAAGCGCCGCACCAGCCCCAGCAAGGACGGCCGCUCCCUCUGCGAGAGACACGUCCUGGGCGUCUUCAGCAAGGUGCGCUUCUGCAGCGGCCGGAAGAGGCACGUCCGGCGGAGGCCAGAGCCCCAGCUGAAAGGAAUUGUGACCCGGUUAUUCAGCCAGCAAGAGUUCUUCCUGCAGAUGCACCCAGAUGGGACGAUCGAUGGGACCAAGGACGAAAACAGCGACUACACCCUCUUCAACCUAAUUCCAGUGGGCCUUCGUGUGGUGGCCAUUCAGGGCGUGAAGGCCGGCCUCUACGUGGCGAUGAACGCCGAGGGCUACCUCUACAGCUCAGACAUCUUCACACCAGAGUGCAAAUUUAAGGAGUCCGUCUUUGAAAACUACUAUGUUAUAUACUCCUCUACACUGUACCGGCAGCAGGAAUCCGGGAGAGCUUGGUUCUUGGGACUCAAUAAAGAAGGGCAGAUUAUGAAGGGGAACCGGGUGAAAAAGACCAAACCAUCUUCACAUUUUGUACCCAAACCCAUAGAAGUGUGCAUGUACAGAGAGCCAUCGCUGCAUGAAAUCGGAGAGAAACAAGGACGCUCCAGGAAAAGUUCAGGGACGCCCACCAUGAAUGGAGGCAAAGUUGUCAACCAGGACUCCACAUAGCUGAGAGAAGAGCCGCCCACCCCUGCAUCCAACUUCUCCCCAGCCAGCCACCCGCCCGCCCGCCCGCCCACCCAGGGAAUCCUCACGGAGACAGCGAAAAACUGACCAAGGCAGGAGCUUCCGGUAGCAGCUAAGAUUCUGAACUCAACCCUUUCCUUUGUGUAGGAUGAGAAGAUCUUGCCUGUUGCAACGUUUUAGAGUACAACACACACACACACAACACAAAGGGAAAAAAGAAACCUAUUUUCAAUCAGGACUCCAUUAACAUUUUAAAAACAGCAAAACUGUUUGCUCUUGUGAUCAAGGGGGGGAAAACUGUUCAUCUCUGCAUAAUAAUAAUAAAUAAUAAUAAAUUAUCCAACAACAAUA